AUGUCAAUUGAGAUCAUUUCAAAGGAUAAACUUGAUAUCAAGUUGAUGAAUUUUUACCACAAGCCUGGUUUAGUACUACUCGACAGUUUGGUCAAGAGAGUUGAAGCUACCGAUGUUUCAUCGUGUCAGGUUCAUUGUGUUAAUCACCAAUCUUGCUUGUCUGUUAACUUUGGHAAAAAGKCGAAYCAAACAUUUUGUGAGUUGAACAACUCGACGAGUUUGGCGAAGCCAGUGAAGAUGAGAAGGCGCAGAGGGUUUGACUUUUACGGUCCGGCUGAUCCGUGUUUUUCAAAUCCAUGUCUGAAUGGAGGGACCUGUACAUCCAACCUGGCGGCCCAAGGCUCUUACAAGUGUGACUGUGGCCAUCAAGCUGUUAACCUUCCAUAUAUUAAUGACCAUUGUGAGAUCGGUAAUGGUAAUUUCUAUCUGCAUGGAAACGAUAUUCAGCGUUCUCCUCUUGUAAUUGUUUUUGUUUACUUACAUACUCAUUAGCAAAGACAUUCCCUUUUAUCACGGCUUGUCUGAGAUUAACACUGAAUAUCAAAAGACA